ACUCAGCCCAUCCCCUUCUUUUUCAAUUUCAUGUCCCCGAAACACGUCGACUAUUCUUUAUACCUUGUCACUGACAGCAGCCUUGUCCCGGAAGGCGCCACAUUUUUGGGCCAAAUCGAACAAGCGUUGCAAGGUGGCGUCACCUUGGUGCAGUUGCGCGAAAAAGAAAGCGAUACAGGCCCUUUUAUCCAGCUCGCUUUGCAAGUGAAACAGCUCACGCAGAAAUACAAUGUGCCUCUCAUUAUCAAUGACCGUCUCGACGUGGCCAUUGCCGUCGAUGCUGACGGUGUUCAUAUUGGUCAGGACGACAUGCCACUUCACAAGGCACGCCAAAUGUUGGGUCACAAGAAAAUCAUUGGUGUCUCAGUCAACAAUAUUGAAGAAGCCACCGUCGCCAUUCAAGGCGGCGCCGACUACCUCGGCAUUGGUGCGGUCUGGUACACUUCGACCAAGCAACUCAAGAAACAACCCCUCGGUGUUGUCGGUGUCCAGAACAUUCUCAAGUCGAUGGAGUCGCAUCCUAUUCCAACCGUUGCUAUUGGAGGUAUCACGCCUGAAAACACUUCAGAACUGUUUGUAGGCUCGCGCACGGACAAGUUGCACCUGGACGGUUUUGCUAUUGUUUCCGCGAUCAUGGCCUCGGCUGAUCCAAAGGCCACUUGCGCCCGCUGGAUCGAAACCAUUCGUGCCGAUCGCGCCAAGCUCGGUAUCAAAGAACACACAGACGUGGAUGACGCCGUUUCUUUCGCGAUUCAAGCGGCUUCCAAUAUUAAAGCCAACUCGCCCAUGGUACACCACAUCACAAACUACGUGGUGAUCAACGAUAAUGCAAAUGCAACCCUUGCCGUGGGUGCUUCACCCAUCAUGUCCACCAAUCGGGAAGAAAUGGAAGAAUUAGCCGCCGUCAAUGGCGCUCUUGUAUUGAAUAUGGGUACAUUGAAUGAUAUCAGUACCAUGAUCCUCGCCGCACAAGCCAAUGCGCGCCAUGGCAAUCCGGUGGUAUUGGACCCGGUUGGAACCGGUGCCACCCAAUUCCGACGUACCACCACCGACCGGUUCCUGAAGGAAUGUGAUUUGACCAUCAUCAAGGGCAACGGAGGUGAAAUCUUGUCCAUGGCCGGACGAGGCGGUCGUUCGCGAGGCGUCGACUCGGUUGGCCAAACCGAUGAAGAAAAUGCCGUUCUCGCCGUGAAAGAACUGGCGCAAAAACAUGGCUGUAUUGUAGGCAUGACGGGUCCCAUCGAUUACAUUUCUGAUGGCAAGCGGGUAUUUGCUAUUGAAAACGGGGAUCAAUUAAUGCCAUGCAUCACAGGCAGUGGUUGCAUGGCCACCUCGGUGGUGGCCUGUUUCGCCGCAGCCAACCGAUCCGAUUACCUGUUAGCCACGGUUGGCGGUAUUUUGACGUUGAAUGUGGCGUCCGAAUUGGCCGCGAAUCGAAGCGAGGUUCACGGACCUGGAAGUUUCCGUGCGGCUCUCAUUGAUGAGCUUUACAACAUCACCAACUCACCUUCUAUUCUCAAACAAUAUGCGAGAAUUCGAGUCAUUGCUUAGAGAAAGAGCGGGUCGAUUUUCUUUUUAUUCCGGUAUGUGCGUUAUCGAAUAAAAACUUCUACAG